AUGGCGAUGGCGUUGGUUGAAAGUGUAAAUCGUCUGCUUGCGUCCGGCAAUUACCAGCCGUUGCUGUCAGUGAUCAAGGGAUUUCGAAAUGGAGCCGUGUAUGGAGCAAAAGUCCGAUUUCCUCAUUCAUUGGUGAUGACACUGCUGUUCAAACGAGGCAGUAUAAAGGACAUGUCUAAGGGGAUAUUGGAGGCGACCUACACCCACUCUCGUAACCUGGCACUUUUUGUGUUCGCAUACAAGGCUCUGACAAACCUAAUGGCUGUGGCUCAGAGUAAACCUGAACAGUUCCACUCGUUUUUAGCAGCAUUUGGGGCAGGGUACUUCAUAUUUGGGAAGUACAACAAGGUCAAUGAACAGAUAAACCUGUAUCUCUUGUCACGGAUCCUAUAUGGACUUGCAAAGUUAGCAGUGAAGAAAGGUUACAUUCCAAAACCCAGUGGUGACACAUUUCCUUGGUUUGCAGCCAUUGUGUGGGGAAUUGUACUGUGGAUGUUUGAGUAUGAAAGUGACACUCUACAGCCAUCACUCAAGUCAUCAAUGACCUACCUCUACCAUGACAGUAAUAAAUGGCAAAACUUAAAAAAUUUCCUUGUGUAUAACAAAUAGGUAUUGCUCGUAAAAUUUCUGUGAUAGAUUGGAAGCUGUUUAUUGGAAAAUUUGUUUCUAGAUAAACAGUCCUAAAACUAAAUAGAUAAUGAAAUUUUAAUAUAUUUUAUUUACCUUGUCUAAAAUAACCUAAAGUUAUUCAAUCAAAUACCCCAAAAAAUCAUGUCUAGCUCUAAAGGGAAACCUUUAGAGUAUUUUCAGAAAGAUAAAUGUCCAAACGUACCAGUAUGUUCUUUUCUAGGUGAAUCAAUGGUGAAAUAUUUAAUUUGUAUUAGAUAAUAACAAAAGU